AUGCGUUUAACUUCUCCAUUACGUCUUGCAAUAUACAAUGGCGUUGAGUACAAACACUGGAGUCUCUUUAUCGACGGACGAGCCAAGUCCCAAAAGAUCAUCCUCCAUAUGAUUUACUGCUCUGGAUGGAAGUUUGAAGAGCGAAAUCUUGAUGCUUCCAAAUCAGGGAAACUUAACAAAAUGAUGGACCUUUGCGACGUUUACAAUUCUCAGGUGAACGAGAUAGUUGACAUUGCACAAGAUAUAAUAAUACCUGACACACUCGGACAUUACAACUGUCAAGACUACAUUCUCGACCUUCUAGACGCCUUAGAGGAGAAAGGUGUCAUCGAUGGUAAGGAUGUGAUCUACCAAAAAAAUAGGAAGGCGGUUGAGAAGCUGAAGCAGAAUCGGAGGAGAUAA